AUGACGCUCUUCCGUUAUAAGAAAUUGAAAAUGAAGGUAACCAUUAGAUGCAGUAACGGAGAUACAUUCUCUAUUGAUAAUGUGGAUAUUGAUAAUACUGUUGAAGAGUUUAAACAAGUCGUUGCUAAUCAUUCCAAUAUUCCAGCCUCCGAUCAACGUUUAAUCUACAGAGGAAAAGUACUCAAGGAUCAAGCCACAUUGAAGAGUUAUAACGUUGAAGAAGGUCUUACUAUUCACUUGGUGAGAGGCAAACCAUCUGGUGCCACUACUUCUACUUCUUCAACCACCUCUGCAACAACAACGCCGCCAUCCACAACUACUCAAACCUCGUCAACUGUACCAUCAUCCACUACUACUACGGGCAGCACAACUACGAAUAACACAACCUCCCAACAAACGACUACCAACCAACAACAAAAUCCUUUCAAUUUGUUUGGAAAUUUAGGUGGUUUUGGUGGAGGAGACAAUAACAUGUUCGGAGCUGGUGGAAUGCCAAACGUAGAUCCUAAUAUGAUGCAACAAAUGAUGAAUAAUCCUUUUGUACAAAGUAUGCUCAACAAUCCAGAUUUCAUUCGUGAAAUGAUGAGCUCUAAUCCUCAAAUGCAACAAAUUAUGAGAAAUAAUCCUGAAGUUGGUAGAAUGCUUCAAGAUCCUGAAAUGAUCAGAAGAGCAAUGGAAAUGGCAAGAAAUCCAGAACUUAUGAGAGAAAUGAUGAGAAAUACUGAUUUGGCUAUGAGUAAUAUUGAAAAUCUUCCAGGAGGUUUUGACGCUCUUAGAAGAAUGUAUAGCGAUAUUCAAGAACCUUUGCAUGAAGCCACCUCUGAAAUGUUUAGAGGAACAACAUCAACAACAGAGCAACCAACAACAUCAAACACACAGAGCUCUGUGCCACCUGGGCAACCAUUUAACAUGUGGGGAAAUAAUCCUGCCGGAACAGGAACAGCAACAACAACACCACCUACUACCAACACAUCAUCAACAACAACACCUACUGCCAACACUGAAAACACAGCAAAUACCAAUCCAUUUGCAAGCAUGUUUGGUCAAAUGGGAAUGGGUGGAAUGGGAGGUAUGCAACCAAACUUGGGCGGAAUGAAUCCACAACAAGUUCAACAAAUGAUGAACAAUCCUUUCAUGCAAAGAAUGAUGGGGGAAAUGCUUUCUGACCCACAAAUGUUGGAUCAGCUCAUCAACUCCAACCCAAUGUUACAGCAAAUGACUCAAAACAAUCCAAUGUUGAGAACCAUGCUAAGCAAUCCUCAAUUUAUUCAACAAGUAAUGCAAUUGCAAGGAAUGCUCAAUCAACCUCAAGGCGGUACCACAAAUACUUCCACAACAACCGGAGGAAACACUUUCCCACAAAUGCCAAACCCAUUCUUAUUUGGCAAUCCAUGGAUGGGCGGACAAAUGCCAACAACAACAACCACUGCCAAUACACAACCUCCACGAGAACGAUUUGCCUCACAACUUUCUCAACUACAAGAAAUGGGCUUUUUUGACGAACAAUCAAACAUUGAGGCUCUUUUGGCCACUAACGGAAAUGUCAAUGCUGCCGUUGAAUAUCUGCUAUCCAACCCUCCACCAUCAAGAAAUAACUAA